GAGACAUUAAAGAGGCCCAAAAGAAGACUGUCUUGUUCUGUUUCUGUAUAGACUAUAUAGAGUAUUUUGAGUCAACCGUAUUAACGGAAAUGUCGAAAUUCAAUUGCUUCUCUGCACUUGUUGGGAGGAAGAAAGACAAGGGGGAUAAGUCAGCUUCAACCACUGCGGAUUACAACAAAAAGCUUAAGACCUUACAAGUGAGACUUGAGACAAAUGAAUCGAAAUCGACUUCUUUUAGUGUCCCAGUUCCUUUUGGUAUUUCAGGAAAUUCUAGAUGCAAGGUCAAGGUAAUGGACCACGAAAGUCCUGUCGAAGAAGAAGCUACAGAAGUGGCUUAUGAAGGGGAAGAUGAGCUAGAUGAAGACUUAUCGAUGAAGAGGGAUAAUUCAGACUUCGAUUUGCAAUCCCAUGUCGUGGACUCGAACUCAGAAACCAAUCAAGCAAUAAUGGAAAAGAAGGAAUUUUUCGAGACACAAUUCGAGAGAAAACCUGAUAAAGAUUCUGAAGAGGGUGAUGGUUUGAUCCAAAACGGGAAUAUUAGUGAUCCAGGUGUUCGGAAGGCGGAAUUCUGGGCAUCGCCAGAGCUUAAACGCUCAUGUUCUGACUUGGAAACAAGGGAGGUGUUCAGAAGGAUAUCUGAUCAGUUACCUCCUUCAAAAUCCGAGUCAUUUGAAGAGUUGCAGCAAUUAGCCGACCGGUUUCUGGAGGAAGCUCGGCCCGAAAACUCGGGCAGCCCUAGGUCAGUGAUGUCCCAUUGUAGUGCUGAUAAAGUGAUACUGAAGAAGCAUUCGUCGAGCCAAGUGCUGCCUUCUAGAAGCAGAAGGCUAUGGUGGAAGUUGUUUUUGUGGAGCCACAGGAAUUUGCAACCGGUUUGGAGUCUAAAACCACAGACGGUGUCUGUCGCGUCUGUUUACAACCAACAAGGCGGGUACUGCUCAGAUACUCUGGAGCCAAACAGGGCCUUGGAGGUUGGCGCAAUGGAAUCACCCAAGAAUGAGGAUAACCAGAACUGGAAUGGUUUUCACGGAGGGGUUUCUGGGUUUAUGCCACAGAACCAGUGGGUUGCUUUUUCCACUGAGUCGCCAUUAACUAGAGUGGAUGAGUGGGUGAAAGAACAAGCAACCCAACCUGUACUCCCUGUAAACGAUGCUGAAGAGAGAGACAAUGAAAGUGGAGUGGAUUUCCCGCCAUCUCCAGAAAAUGGAAAAUCGCUAGCAAGAAAUACAUCUCAAUUGACUCGGCGUCCGAAUUUGAAUCUUCCAGAGGAGAUUUUACAUGCAAAUAAUGUUAUCCGGUCUCUGAAUUCCUCCUCAACAGUGGCUCACAUGACGGGAAUUGGAUUAAAAGUUAUUCCAACUCUUGCUCAGUUCACCAGUCUUCGGUCUGUCAACUUAUCAGGCAACUCGAUUGUUCAUAUUACUUCAGGGUCUCUGCCAAAAGGUCUCCACACUCUCAACUUGUCCAGAAAUAAAAUCAGCACAAUCGAAGGCUUCAGAGAGUUAACCCGAUUGCGCGUACUGGAUCUCAGUUACAACCGGAUCUCUCGGAUUGGGCAAGGUUUGUCAAACUGUACACUGAUUAAGGAGCUUUACCUUGCUGGAAACAAGAUCAGUGAAGUUGAGGGGCUGCACAGACCCUUGAAGCUGACUGUUCUGGACUUGAGCUUCAACAAGAUAACCACAGCAAAAGGACUUGGCCAGCUCGUGGCCAACUACAACUCCCUUCUAGCUCUGAAUCUGUUGGGGAAUCCAAUCCAGAGCAAUAUCAGCGACGAACAACUGCGGAAAGCGGCUUGUAGUCUUCUCCCAAAGCUGGCCUACCUGAAUAAACAGCCGAUUAAUCCUCAGAAGGCACGCGAGGUGGCAACAGAAAGCAUUGCAAAAGCUGCCCUUGGGAAUAGCAGUAGGGGAACCCAUAGAAAAACAGUGAAGAGAGUAAGCCAAGGAGGAUCAGUCUCCUCCAGUUUGCACAGGGGAGGGGCCAAUGCGAAUUUGGGGCAGAAAACCAAGCACAAAACAAAAAGCCGAAGCCGCCAUCACUCGGACCUGAAGAUGAAGUCUGCUGAGCUAGCUUCAUCUUCCCGGUAGAUAGGAUUUCAAUUUCUGUUUUUUUCCUUUUUGCUUUACAAGUGGUUAGUGUUGCUUCUGCUUUUGUUUUUUUUCUCCAAAUUGGGUUUCUCCACAAGCUAGAUAUAUGCUGGCUUUGGUGGUUUCAAUUUGAAUUUGGAUAAAGUGCACUUCCGUUCAGAUUUGUCUAGGUUUUCUCUAAAUUCACAAACAUAACAACUCUGUGAUUAUGAGAAUGUGUUCAGUGGAUUCUUGUGCUUA